AUGGCAGACGCUACGCUUACGCCUGUGCAGACAGCGCAGAAGAUGUUUGAUUUGGCCUUGGCAAAGAACAACCAGAGAGCCGACAUUGUGUUUUUCAAAGCGGUGCUUCAUCGCCGGGCGUUCCUGUCAUUCGGAGGUCUCCUGCACGUCAUCGUGUCCGGAGGCUCGGCCGGUAUAACUAGCUCCAACCCAGGGUUAGUCAAGGUGCUUGGUGGAUUAGUAUUCCCGGUUGGACUCGUAAUGAUCGUCCUUCAAGGCCAAGAGCUCCUAACGAGCAACAUGAUGACCGUCCCUAUGCUCCUGGUUAAGCGUGCUGCACCAUGGUGGUCACUCCCAAUGAACUGGUUAAUAGUUCUGUUUGGUAACCUUACUGGGAGCCUAUUCUUCGCCGGAGUUCUCGUCAAGGGUACGUACGGCCAGUCAUCUCUCUCCAUACGCAUGGGCACUGGGUUGAUUCAAACUAAUAAUAGCUUCCGGCAUUCUUUCUGCGGAGCCGUACCCAACUUACGUCCGCAUUUUGUACUACACAAGGCAAUGGAUCCGCAUUGGCAUCAAAUCUUCUUGCGCGGAAUCGGCUGUAAUUGGCUUGUGUGCAUUGCUGUGUGGCAGGCUAUGGCUGCAACUGAGGUCAUUUCCAAGAUCGUUGCUAUAUUCAUACCUAUCUUUACUUUCGUUGCUGCAGGAUUUGACCACGUGGUUGCCAAUAUGUUCUUCAUCCCCCUCGGUAUCAUGAUGGGAGCCGAUAUGACGGUUGCCGACUACAUCAAAAAGAGUCUAAUUGCAUCCUUCCUUGGAAAUGUGGUAGGGGCCUUACUUGUUGCGCUCCCUUUCAUGUACUUCUUCAACCCAUUAUUCGAACGCGAGUCUCGGGACUUGGGGAACAGGGCAGCUCGUCCGGGUCGUCACUUGUGGAUCGUGUAA